UGACAAAAGAAUACCGACAACGAAGCAGACUCCGAAACAUGGCGGGUGCCUGUAGUGAAAGUAUGCCAGUAUCUCCCACUUUAACAUCAGAAACAGACAUUGAUUGGCCAUCAGACGACAAAACUUUGUCACCAUCACCUUCAAAUUCAUCUAUGCGAGAAGACAGGUGGCCUCAUCUUGUAGUGUCCAUGCCUCCGCGGGAUAAAGCAAAUAAGGCCGUUGGUGAGCCGAGGUCUGAGCUAACUCCUGGAGAAAAAAAAAAGGUUCAACGGCCACGUGAUUGA